AAACAAACGGAGAGAGAGAGAGAGAGAGAGAGAGAGAGAGCCAGCCAGCCAGCCAGACUAAAGUAGUCUUCGUUGUAACCUAAUAAAAACCUCCAUUUUUCUCUCCCUCCCUCGUGUUAGGGUUUUACACUUUUGGUUGGGUUGGCUGGCUUGGGCUCUUCCAACCGCAGUAUCGGCGGUGGUUAACAUAAGCGGAAGAAGAGUAGUAUUUGAGGAGGAGUAGUAGUUGUUUGUUAUCGUUGGACCAACGCUGCCACCUUUCCCUUCCACUUCCAAAUUCUAACUUCUCACCUCUACUCAUAAUUUUCACCCACUUUGGGGGGACCUCACGAGUUUUUUCCUUUUUUUUUUCAAAAAUCUUUUUGGUUUGGUUCCGGUAUUUUGCGGUCAUGGCCUUGUCGUCGUCUUCCCUUGUUAGAUCCACGCCAUCCCCGGUUCUCCAGGCUUCCCGUUUCGGAUCCUCCUACCAUCAACCCCAGGUGUUUGGGGGAAUCGGUGCGAAUGUCAGGUUUCAAUCAAGCAUACAUGGGAACCGUAUCUUAGCUCAAUCAUCUUCCUUGCAAAAAUGUAGUACUACUGCGCGGAGUAUUCAACCCAUCAAAGCUACUGCCACUGAAAUUCCUCCCACAAUUUCCAAAUCUUCAAGUGGGGGGAAGACCAAGGUUGGGAUCAAUGGGUUUGGGCGUAUCGGGAGAUUAGUUUUGCGGAUUGCAACUUCCAGGGAUGAUAUUGAGGUGGUUGCAGUAAACGAUCCAUUUAUUGAUGCCAAAUACAUGGCCUAUAUGUUCAAGUAUGAUUCUACUCAUGGAGCCUUCAAGGGAUCACUCAGGGUUUUAGAUGAUACAACGUUGGAAAUAAAUGGGAAGCAGAUUAAAGUUUGCAGCAAAAGGGACCCUGCUGACAUUCCAUGGGGUGAGCAUGGGGCAGACUAUGUUGUUGAAUCUUCUGGUGUCUUCACAACGGUUGGGAAGGCAUCAGCUCACAAGAGGGGUGGAGCUAAGAAGGUUGUCAUUUCGGCUCCAUCUGCUGAUGCACCUAUGUUUGUGGUGGGAGUAAAUGAGAGUACAUACAAACCAAGCAUGGAUGUUGUUUCCAAUGCAAGCUGUACCACUAACUGCCUUGCCCCACUUGCCAAGGUGGUCCAUGAGGAGUUUGGCAUUUUAGAGGGUUUGAUGACAACUGUCCAUGCAACCACAGCCACCCAAAAGACAGUUGAUGGUCCUUCCAUGAAGGAUUGGCGUGGAGGCCGUGGGGCAGGCCAAAAUAUUAUUCCUAGUUCUACUGGUGCUGCAAAGGCUGUUGGAAAAGUACUUCCAGAGCUUAACGGAAAGCUUACAGGAAUGGCCUUCCGUGUUCCGACACCCAAUGUCUCGGUUGUGGACUUGACCUGUCGACUUGAGAAGAGUGCUUCUUAUGAAGACGUCAAAGCAGCCAUUAAGUAUGCAUCAGAGGGUCCCCUGAACGGCAUUCUUGGAUACACUGACGAAGAUGUUGUUUCCAAUGAUUUUGUUGGCGAUUCAAGGUCAAGCAUCUUUGACGCAAAGGCUGGGAUAGGGCUGAGUUCCUCCCUCAUGAAACUCGUAGCAUGGUAUGAUAACGAGUGGGGUUACAGCAACCGAGUGCUGGAUCUGAUUGAGCACAUGGCAUUGGUGGCAGCCAGUAACUGAGCAAUUCUGAGGCCUGUGGUGAGCUGCAAAUUUUGAGUUAGUCACACGAGUGUUUCCAGUUAAAAAGGAGUGUUAAGAUUGUGUCAAGUUGUAGCUUGUGUUGGGAAGGCUUUUAGUUAUUUGGUUUUUGCUCUAUAGAUGGCAUGCUGCAAAAUGAAUCUGAAAAUAAUUCUUCCCGACAAACACCUUCAUUUUACUGGGAACAAUUUUUAGCUGCUGUUUGUUUGCUGAAAUAGUAGUAGUAAUAAUAAUAAUAAUAUGGAGGAGCGUUUCUUUUUUGCUCUUAUUUUAUAUA